AUAAGUAUAGGAAGCAUUCAUUUAGUAGAUUGUCACAUAUAUAAACAAUGCAACACAAUUCAUUAUGUCACCGAACGUUCGCUUACAAUAUAACUAUCCACAUGCCGCACAGCAAUGUAUGAUUUUAUACUAGGGUAGUGUGCUAGUCCUAAGAAUGCUUAAACUUAGCCACACGAAGAUCCCGUCUAAUUCGCUCUAUCGGCGACUUCAUCCGUUUCUCCUGGUCAUGCAUAGACUUAACUGGAUCGCAAGCUUACUUUACUGAAGGUAUGAUUUUUGACGAUACAUGAGAUCUGAAACCAGAGAUAUGCCUACGUAGCAAAUAUUUAUUUUUGUUUGCUUAAUGUAUUGACAGAAAUUAUGUAGAUAUGAGGUGCAUUACGGCAGAUUUCAGGAGGAGAGUAGCAGGACAUUGUGAGUUUUUCGGAUCUUCAUGGGGGAAAUGGAGGAGGAAGCAAAGUGCGGGACAGUGUUCGAAGACGCAGAGUUUCCGCCAGAGGAUUCUUCCCUGUUUUCUGAUUACACCACCCCCAUCUCAAAAUUCGAAGGCUGUAUCACUUGGAUGCGGCCACAGGAAAUCUGUCCGUCACCGAAAAUGUUUCCAGAAAAUCCAAACGAGGCCCAUGUGAAACAAGGGAUUCUGGGAGAUUGUUGGUUGUUGUGUGCCUGUACUGCACUACUGAAGAACGAUCAUAUGAUGAACAAGGUCCUGCCUGCCGGACAGCCUCAGUGGGGGGAACGCGGGUACGCGGGCCGCUUCGGGUUCCGCUUUUGGCAGUUCGGCUGCUGGGUGGACGUGGAGGUGGAUGAUCGACUGCCUUGCAUUAACGCCAAGCUGUGCUUCUCCCACUGCCAGUCUCCCAGUGCAUUCUGGGUAGCGCUCCUAGAGAAGGCAUAUGCCAAGCUUCAUGGGUCCUAUGAGCGGCUGUGGGCCGGACAGGUUUCGGAUGCCCUGGUCGACCUCACGGGGGGCCUGGCUGAGCGCUGGAGCCUGAAGGAUUCUGGGAAAGAGGAGCACCAGCACGGAGAGAAUCGCAAGCCCAAAAAGAAACUCGAUCUGAGCAGCCUGCGAGGAGUGGGAGACAGGGGUACAGUGAGCUGUUCUGUGCACAGCUCCCCUGGAGGUGCCAGUGAGUUGGGCCAGUACCACGCGCUGUGUGUGAUGGAGUGGACAGACGUGACAACAGAGACGGGCGGUCACGUGCGUCUGUUUAGGAUCAGGAACCCGUGGGGACGUCGCUGCUGGGGGGGGACCUGGAGUGAGAGUGGGGAAGGCUGGAGAGAGCUGAAGCCAGGCUACUCUCAGGACCUGCUCAGCCGCACCCAGGAAGGAGAGUUCUGGGUCGAGGAGGCGGAGCUCCUGAAGGAGAUUGAUGAAGUCACUGUGGGAUAUCCAAUCAGCAAACAGGGUCUACUUCAAAGCAUUUAUACAGGGAAAGAGUUACCUCACAGCCAGCAGGUGGGUGGUUGCUGGAUCAAGGAUCAUUCCGCGGGCGGUUGUCGUAAUAACAGCAGCUUUGGCAGCAACCCAAAGUUCUGGCUGCGGGCGAGUGAGCCAGGAGAGGUGUUGGUGUCCCUUCUGCAGCACAGAGGGUGGAGACAACCCUCCACUUUCAGAGGGUGCAGUAACAUGGAAGACCCACAAGAGGGCGGCCUCAAGCAGCACCAGGACUACCAAGCUAUUGGACUCCACAUAUGGAAGGUGGAGAAGAAGCACUUUAACCUGACGCGGACUCUGAACAGAACACCCUGUGCCUCCACCCGCUGCCACGCCUAUGAGCGUGAGGUCACGCUGCGCACACACCUGGGGGCGGGGUUUCACCUGCUGGUCCCCAGCACCUUCCUCCAGGGGGCGGAAGCCAGCUUCCUGCUCCGGGUCUUCUCCUCCGCCCCCGUGUCUCUGAGUGCGCUGAAGUUCCCCCGUUCACCGGUCGCGGAGGUCUCGGACGGGGAGUGGGAGACCAGCCGCUUCCCCGGGAGGUGGGUCCCAGGGGUUUCAGCGGGGGGAAGCCGGAACUUUCCGUCCCACCGGACGAACCCGCACGUGCCUCUCACCAUCAACUACCACUCCAGCGAGCCCAACACAAGGAUCACAUUACGCCAGCACUGCCCCGCCAAAGCCCUCCAACCUAUCGGCUUCCACAUAUACCAGGUUCCUGAGGGGUCCGUGGAUCCGCAGAUCUCCCAGGAUCAGGAGCCGAAGGUGAGCUGCGUGCCGCACUGCUACACCCCCGAGGUGUCCCUGCACUGCAGCCUGGCCCCUGGGGCCUACGUCAUCCUCCCCUCCACCUACCAGCCCCAGUGCAAGGGCCACUUCACCCUCACCGUGGCAAAGAAGAUCUGCAGGAAAGUAGUGAAGAGCCAGGAGGCUUUGGGACAGUUCAUACAGGAGGUUUCUAACAUCUCUGUGAUGCACAGCUAAUGAUGGGAGACCUCCCCCCUCCUGUACAGUGACGUGGGUUCGGCCUCUGGCCCGAGAUGAAAGUGCCCCCCACCCCCCCCAGGGGCAAAUGAAGCCAGAGAGUCUUUAUUUGUCCACAGAGGGCAGGCCACAGCGAUUAGUACAUCACAGCCCGUCCACUGCCUCGGCACUAAUGGGAGGCGACGUGACUUGGCGGUGUAAACAAACGGGCUGAUUGAAGGGGCCCCCUCCUUGCUGCCCGUCCCGCCGCCAAAACAAAGGCGCCACUCAUGAACCCUCUCGAGGGGGGCUAGGGAUGGGAGCGAGAAGCCGCGCCCGGGGCUCCCCUGGUCGAACCCCCCACCCAACCCCUCCGAGCCCGCACCAGCACGGGAGAGAGACGGGCUGCCCUCCGAAACCAGUGUGGCUGGGGGAGAGAGGAGGUAGCGGGGGGCACGGAACCCAAAACGUGCUGCCGGCCGUUCGGCGACGGUCUGCAUCAGCCUGCACCAGCAGCUCCUUCCCACGGGCGAGUGUGGCCCAAGCCGCACUUAACCGCACCUAGGACUCUUCUUGGGGAGGGGGAACUUAGGGAAAGUGCUUGGCUGGACAUCCUGUUGCGCUCAUUAACAAUUUGGCUAGUGAGGUCCACUUGCUGUGCGCUUGAGUACUUUCCGCUAGGUUCGUUUUGAAGCGCUUUUACUCUUCUGUUGAAGACUUCUAAUGGUUUAAGAUGACAGGAAGAAUAACUACCGACAAAGUAAUGACUGCUCCGUUGACUUUUCAUCACUUUAAUUUCCAGCCUGUUCCUUUCUGAAAUGUUAUAAAAAAAUAUCAUGAAGGUCCAUGUUUAUGAUUGGGAAGAUCCAGUCUACUGAGAUGUAGAUUUACGUUUUCUUGACUGCUCCUUUUCGAGAGCUUAAUGUAUGAUCCAUAUGCCUGUAUUCCUGUAAUACUUUUCCAUUUGUGCUUUUCCUCCAUUGCAGGUAGUUCCUACUCUUUUCCCCUUUUUAAAGGUGGCACAGCACAUGAUGAUAAACUUUGGUGCAAUUCCAAGUGUUAGUACACCUAAAAAUAUAUAUUUUUUAAAUGUGGCAUUUUAAACGUUAUGUUUGACUCAAAUGUGUAUGUAUAAACUUGGCUGUAUUUGCAAUUUCCAAGAACUUGAAUAUUAGACGGUCAGGUCAGUGAACAGAAAAUGGUAUGUUCAGUACAAUAAAAUGAUAAAAUAAA